AUGAUGCUCAUAGAUCCACAGAAUAAGCUACUUCAAACCUAGAUUAUGGAUUUGAUCAUGAAAAAGGAUCCAAGAAUCGUGGUCGCAAAAGAUUACAAUUACUCAUGCACAAAAUUGUAAUAUAAGGAAGAUGGUAAAUUGUUUCUAUCAUUUACUUGUUUUAAUUUCAAUGAGAUAUUCAGCAUAGCAGGUAACUACAUGAUAGAGAAAUACUACAAGGAUUACACUAAGGAAGCUGUAGAUGUUGGAUUUCAUUUGACAUUUUCAUUUGAUGCUGCAUCGGCCAAAGAAGAACCUAAGAUUCCAAAGAAUGCUACAGAAGCAGAGAAAGCAGAAAUCUAAGAACUAAAAUUACAGAUAAGAGCAGAAAAUUAGAAAUUGUUUGAGAAGGUCACAAAGGAUUUCUCAUAGAUAAGAAGAAACUUCUAUGCAGCUGCAUUUGAGUAGGCAUUUGAUCAAAUCAAUAAAGGAGAAGCAGCAUCUACAUUCAAAUAUCAAAGUAGAGAGAAUGAAGUUGUUUAUGCUAUUCCUGACAAAGAUGCUUUGAACAUUUUCUAUGAGAUUUCAUUUUCUGACAAUGUAGAUAGAACAUUAGCAAAUCUAAUAAUCACCGAGAUAAUUGAUGCAAAGAAAAAUGUGAAGAUGGCUCCUCCUAUUUCAAGAUCGAAUUAUCAAUCUUCUAUAUUGAAAUCAGCAUUUCCAGAGGUGUCAAAUAUCAAAGUGGAUCCAAAUUCCUAAUUAAUAACAAUGACAUUAUUCAAGGCAUAACAUUUUAGCAAGAAUAUAGAAUAAUUAUCUACAUUUUUAUAAGGAUUUAGACAAUAUUUGCAUUAUCAUAUUCAUGCCUCCAAGACUUACUUGCAUUCCAGAAUCAUCAAAAGAAUAAGCCAAUUCCAGAGAAGUUUACAACUAUGUCAAUUCGAGCCUGAAGUUGAAAAGAAGACUGAGGAUCUAUUCGCAUCAUCUGGUGUAAAAGCAUGAAAUAUAAGAAUAAGGAUUAUUAAUAAUUAUAUUUUUUUAGAAA